AUGCAUUUUAUAGAACUAAAUAUUGUUCUUUCUUCUUGUUUCUACUUCUCCAAUGCCCUCGGCAUCUUUGGCAUUCAUAAUGAGUACAAAAUCUACGUACAACAACUACUAUCAACACUGGCGUAUCCAGAUUCAUCUCAAACUUCUACCAAGUGGAUAGAACAACCGUUGGACCACUUCAACGAAACAGACACCCGUAUAUGGAAGAUGAGGUAUUAUGAAAGACUUGAUCUUUGGAAACCUAAAGGACCGAUAUAUUUGUUCAUCAACGGCGAGGGAGAGGCAAGUGAUGUAUUUCUCCAAACAGGAAUAUUAUAUGAUUUAGCAAAAGAAACUAAUGGUGCCAUGUAUUUGUCGGAACAUAGAUAUUAUGGGAAAAGUAAGCCUUUUAAAAAUUUGAAUGCUGAAACUUUGGCGUAUCUCAGUUCUCGACAAGCUCUUGCAGACGUUGCGAAGUUGCUUGAGCACAUCAAAAUGUCGGCGAGUUAUAAUGAAUCAAAAGUGGUGGUCGUCGGUGGGUCUUACGCAGGUAACUUAGCAGCUUGGAUGAAACUCCUGUAUCCUGAUCUAGUCGAUGCUGCUCUUGCCAGCAGUGCACCAGUUCUAGCGAAGAAAAACUUUUACGAAUAUUUAGAAAGAGUUAAUUAUGACUUUGAACAAUAUGGUAGUGAUGGGUGCACUAAAAGAAUAAAACAAGUAUUUCAGAGAUACGAAGAAUUAUUCAAAACAACUUCAGGAAUUGCUCAGCUUAUGGAAGAAGAGGAAAUUUGUAAAGACGUGGACAUGACAAAACCUGAAAAUAAGCAGAUUUUCUUCUUAGACAAAGCGUCUUAUUUCAUGUACGAAGCGCAAUACGGUAACGUUGACACCAUCAAUCAUUUUUGCGAAGACGUUAAGAAAACUUUUCAUAUAAAUUCUCGUAUGGAAGAUAAUGUCUUUAUGAGCAAAGAAGAGAACUGUUUUAAUUAUGAUUUCGAUGAAAUGAUUGAACAGAUGAGGAACAUUGACUGGGCCAUGUCUUGGACUUACCAAACUUGUACGGAAUUCGGUUAUUUUCCAACAACUGAUUCCGAAAAUCAGCCAUUUAAUAAUGUACCUGUGGAAUUAUUUUAUUUGAUGUGUAGAAAGGCUUUUGGAGAGCAGUUUGACGAACAACGUAUCGAUGAAGGAAUUGAACGUUCAAAUGAUAUGUACGGAGGUUUACAACCAAAUCUUACUCAUGUAGUGUUUGUUAAUGGUGAAUUAGAUCCUUAUAGUAGAUUGGGAGUAUUAGAAGACGUGGCAUAUGAUGCACCAGCGAAAAUCAUACCACAGGCAUCUCAUUGUAGAGAUUUGUUCUCAGACAGAUCGAAGGAUCCAGAAGAAUUAAAAGAAGCAAGGAAAUACAUCAAAUAUUUAAUUAAGAAAUGGAUUGGUGCUGGGGAAUAUAAGAAGCCUUAG